AUGCAGCAGCAGGCUCAGGCGGCGACAGCGCUCCGAUCGAGCCAGCACCGCGCGAGCUUACCGACUCCACCCGCUGAAGAUGUAACUUCGACCACUCAAGGACCUCGAUUCAAGUACGUGGUGCAAGAAGGAGAUACGAUCGCAGGCAUAGCUCUACGCCAUGGCAUGCGCGAGUACGACUUGCGCCAUCUGAACCAUUUGUUCGGCAGCAACAUCUACAAAGGCCAAGAGCUCGUUCUGAGAGUCAAGAUCCGCAGCAACAGUGUCCCGACUAGCACAAUCCACGACAGCAUCACUUCUGCGGCACCCACCUCCGCGGCAACUGCUCGACGGCUAAAUCAGGGUCGAAGCGGAGGAGGUAUCAGCGAAGAGUCCCCAUCGACGCCCACAAUAUCCCGCCAACCGUCCAGUAACCAGCAGGACGACGCAUCCAUCACGAGCAACAACAACAACAACACCCCCCCCAUUCUCAUGAAGGUCAAAGCCGUCCCCCCAGCCCAGCCAGAAUCCCAACCCAAGCACUCCAAGCCACUCAUGGAAGUUACGUCGAUUCCGCAGCUACAUAAUGCAACCUCCAUGGACAUUUUACCAGACCCGGUGAUCUUUAAAUCUCUCGUGCCAAAGCUGGAAGCGUGUUUACCUCCGCAAUACCGCGGCUACGAUUGGGCGGUCGCGUACAGUUUGGCGCAACAUGGCGCGAGCCUCGACACACUGUACCGUAAAGUGUACCAUCGCCGGGCGUCGUUGGUGGUGGUGGAGACGGGGGACGGCGACAUCUUUGGCGCGUUCGCGGCGUCGCCAUGGGCCGUGUCCAACUCGUUUUACGGCACGGGCGAGUGCUUUGUGUUCACGUGCUACCCCAAGUUCGAGCACUUUCCAUGGAAGGGCCACAACGCCAUGUUCAUGUUCAGCAACGACAGCAUGCUGGCCAUGGGCGGCGGCGGCGGCUUUGCGUUUGGUCUGAAUGCCGACCUGUCUCGGGGCACAAGCGCUCGCUGCUUGACGUUUGAAAACAGAUGCCUCACCAAGCGCAGUGAAUUCGACGUGGUCAACUGCGAAGUGUGGGAAUUCGUGCCAAAGGUCUAAAACAAUCGCCACGAACGACACGUGUGUGGCAAAAUAGUAUUAUUUUUUCAUAUUUCAUGGAUAUAUAUAUUUAUGGUUGCAACACUG